CACAAGGCACUUCCGGUUACUCCGGAUGUGAAGAUUCCUAAGCUCCUCCGCCGGCGGAGGGCCAGGGUGAAGGGAUGGCCGGGCGGACGGUGCGGCUGGUGCUGCUGGUUGGGGCAGCCGCGCUAGCAAGCGGCUCCCAGGGCGAUCGCGAGCCGCUGUACCGCGACUGCGUGCUGCGGUGCGAGGAGCGGAACUGUUCUGGGGGCGCACUGAAGCACUUCCGCUCCCGCCAGCCAAUCUACAUGAGUCUAGCAGGAUGGACCUGUCAGGAUGACUGUAAGUAUGAGUGUAUGUGGGUCACCGUUGGCCUCUACCUCCAGGAAGGUCACAAAGUGCCUCAGUUCCAUGGCAAGUGGCCCUUCUUCCGGUUCCUGUGCUUCCAAGAACCAGCUUCUGCUGUGGCCUCUUUCCUCAACGGCCUGGCCAGCCUGGUGAUGCUCUGUCGUUACCGCACCUCCGUGCCAGCCUCAUCCCCUAUGUACCCCACCUGCGUGGCCUUCGCUUGGUUAAUUUCCAGGAGAAAGGCCUCCAGCGUUCCCUUGGGCCCUUGCCCACCACUGCCCCUCCAGCCCUGCUCCGGCGGCCCAGCCGGGAGGAGGCCGGGCUCCGUUGGCCAGGCUCCUCCUCAGAGACUUGGCCCCAGUGGGAUCUACUUGAUCUCCCUCCCUUGCUUGCUUGCUCUGGACACACCCCAAGCUGGCUCGAGCCCCUCCACCCCACCCACUUCAUUCCCGCCCCCAGAGGCUGAGGUCACUGGCUUGCCUGGCCCGGGUGGGGCUGUCAUCAUCACCUGCCAGUUGGGGGAGGAGGUCUCCCUCAAUGCUUGGUUCUGGUCCACAGUCUUCCACACCAGGGACACCGACCUCACAGAGAAAAUGGACUACUUCUGUGCCUCCACUGUCAUCCUACACUCAGUCUAUCUGUGCUGUGUCAGGACCGUGGGGCUGCACCGCCCGGCCGUGGCCAGUGCCUUCCGGGCCCUCCUGCUGCUAAUGCUGACGGCGCACGUCUCCUACCUGAGCCUCGUCCGCUUCGACUAUGGCUACAACCUGGCGGCUAACGUGGCUAUCGGCCUGGUGAACGCGGCGUGGUGGCUGACCUGGUGCCUGCGGAAUCGGCAGCGGCUGCCCCACGUGCGCAAGUGCAUCGUGGUGGUCCUGCUGCUGCAGGGGCUGUCCCUGCUCGAGCUGCUAGACUUCCCGCCUCUCUUCUGGGUCCUGGAUGCCCACGCCAUCUGGCACAUCAGCACCAUCCCUGUUCACGUCCUCUUCUUCAGCUUUCUGGAAGAUGACAGCCUCUACCUGCUGAAGGAAUCAGAGGCCAAGUUCAAACUGGACUGAAGGCCCUGGAAGCGGAUCUGCCCUCUUGGGGACCCUGUCCCUCCUUGCUGGCUCCCCUUCUUCCCCCCGCCCC